CUUACGUGUUCACCAAGGUGAAGGUGUGCCAUGGCACUGGUUCAAAAGUUGUUAAAUUUGGUUCUUCCCCCCGUCUCCCUAUUCAUUCUAAGUCUCGCCCUCCCUAUACUGUUCAUCUUCAGAAUCCUCAAUUACAUCCUGACAUCCUUCUCUAGCGAGAACAUCACCAGAAAAGUUGUCCUAAUCACCGGCGCCUCAUCGGGCAUCGGCGAGCACUUAGCUUAUGAGUAUGGGAGGAGAGGAGCUUUUCUGGUCCUCGUCGCUAGAAGGGAGAAAAGCCUCAAGGAAGUUGCAAAGAGAGCAGCAGAGCUCGGCUCGCCUGAUGUUCUUGUCGUCUGCGCAGAUGUCUCCAAGCCCGAGGACUGCCAACGUUUCAUAGACGAAGCAGUCAGCCACUUUGGGCGACUGGAUCAUCUGAUCUGUAACGCUGGGGUCACUUCCGGCUGCAAAUUCGAGGAAACAAACGAUAUCACAAACUUCAGACCUGUAAUGGAUGUUAACUUCUGGGGAUCGAUUUAUCCAACUUAUUUCGCAAUCCCUCACCUGAGAAGGAGUAAGGGAAAGAUCGUCGUGAAUUCUUCAUUGGCCGGAUCAUUCCCCACACCGAUGUUGAGCUUGUAUGGUGCGAGCAAAGCUGCAAUGGAGAACUUCUACGAGACACUGAGAGUAGAACUGGCUGGGGAGGUUAAAGUAACGACAGUAACUCCUGGGUUUAUAGAUACAGAGAUGACUCAAGGCAAACACCUAUCCAAAGAAGGUUCUGUCAAAGUAGAACAAGAAUGGAAAAAUACUAUUAUUGGUGCAAUGCCAGUGAUGAGUGCCGGUGCAUGUGCGAAGGCUAUAGUGAAUGGAGCAUGCCGUGGAGAUCGGUACCUGACUGUUCCAUCUUGGUACAGGGUGGCCUUCCCAUUCCAAUUCUUUUGUGCAGAGCUGGUUGCAUUCUGGUCUCGGAUGGAUUCAAGAUCUACUUAUAACAGCUGAAGUUUCUUAGCUAAAUGGCUUAUUGCUUUGUCUUUUAAUCGAUUAAGUAUUUAAAUAGUAAAAUAUUAAGGGUAUAAUUCGGCCAUUAAGAUCCUUAAAAACUUAUUGGCUGAAAGACAAAGCAAUAAACUAUCAAGUUCAGCUAUUUCAGCUGUUACCAAACGACCCCUUAGAUUAAAGUAUACUGAUUUGUGUCUUUAAAUUAAUAUAAAUAAAUAAAAAGAGGAAUGGUUGUCUUCCUUUAUUAUUUUAUUUAUCAACAUCCUAUGCUUCCUUUAUCAAACAUUCUCCUGUACUUCAAUAUCAUUCCAUACUUUUAAUCCCAUGCUUCUUCCACGGUGCAAUGAACUAGU